GAGAGUCGCGUUACUGCUGUGCCGAGAAGCCAUUGGGAGAAAGAGUCAGUGAAGUCAUUGCAACAAGUAUGAGGUGUUCUCUUGGACGGGUCGGCCUGGCGGCGACAGCGGCAGCAGUUGUUGUGUGCGUGCGAGGAGGGGAUGCGGAUCCAGCAGCUGAGGCGGCGACUGUUGCGGCCCGCACGCAGGGGUCUUCCUCAGCAGCAGCGUCUCCGGCUGAGUCGCUGUUCGAGAGCGCGAAGGCCGUGCUGGAGUGCCAUGUGUGCAAGACUUCGCAGCUGACCGGUACCGUGGACGACUGCUGCGUGGACUACAGCACGGUGGACACCGCGACGAAGAGCUCGUUCAUGCCCCUCCUCACCAAGCUGCAGAAGAGAAAUUUCUUCAAGUACUUCAAGGUUAACCUGGAGAAGGAGUGCCCCUUCUGGGAGGAGGACGGGCAGUGCAUGAUGAGGGACUGCUCGGUUUGCGAGUGCAGCCCCGAGGAGAUCCCUAAGCCUUGGCUGGAGGAGGAUGAGAGGUCAAGCGCGAAGGGAGCGGUGGAUGUACAACCGGGAGACGACUGCUCGGAACAGAUCCGCAAGGAGAAAGCCUGCCAGGAGCACUCCGAGGCGGAAAGAGACUUCGGCAAGGUCGACCACAGCCAGAGCUCUCCCGCCGACGACUCGUUCAACCCUUGGUCGGAGGCGGCGGAUGCGGCGGUGUGGUCACUGCAAGAUGAGGGCGGGGAGGGGUUCGAGUACGUCAACCUCGACCUCAACCCGGAAAAGUUCACAGGGCUCUCACAUCACCAAGGCGCUUGGAUGCUUGAGCGAAUUAACAACCUCAAGGGGUACCAGGACAACGCCUGCAUGGAGAAGCGCAUCCUCUUCCGCCUCCUGAGCGGCCUCCACUCGUCCAUCAUGACCCAGAUCGCCAACGACUACCGCUUCGACGACGGCACAUGGGGACCCAACACGAAGAUGUUCGUGAACGCCGUGGGGAUGCACCCUGACCGGCUGACCAACAUGUACUUCACCUACGUGUUCGUGCUCAGGGCGAUUGGAAAGGCGCGACCGUUCCUCAUGGCGUACGAGUACGACACCGGAAACGACGAGGAUGACAAGAUGACCCGUCAGCUAAUCAACGAGCUGGUGAGCGCCGAGCAGGAGAAGGAGGCUGGCAUGGUUAGCGUGGACAACGACAUGCGGCGCGACGACUCGGUUCCGAUGUGCCUCAAGGGCUUCGACGAGAAGGGGCUGUUCGGCGACGUGAGCGGAGACGUGGUAUUCGAGGCUGGCCACGAGGACGGCUCUAUGGCCCUCAAACAAGAGUUCAUGCACAAGUUCCACAACAUCUCACGCAUCAUGGACUGCGUCGGCUGCGAGAAGUGCAAGGUGAAACAAAAGGGUGCCCAGGUGGGGAAAAGAGCGGCGCUCGCCGCGAUACUCGCGCUGGCGGCGCUGGGCGGCGGCGCCUACCUGCUCCGCAAGCGUGCCGCCGCUGGUGGCGGCGAGAGCAGCAGCAGCGGAGGGGGGGGAGAAGGGACAGGGACAGGGACAGGGACGACGACGCCUUCGAAGGCAAACGGCGCCGGAAACGGUUCGGGGAGCGAUUCCGGGGUGCGAAGACGGCAGAAGAAGGCGCCCGUGUCUGGUCAUGAAGAUUGAGUCUUGUUGAUACUACGUACGGUAGCGGUUGUGUGUGGGAGCUAAUGGUUAGUCAAGUUGGUGGUGGCGAUGCGGGGGUCUGGCGUUUGAGCUAAUCCUGGAUGUGAGUUGGAGUUUCAGUGGACAUCGUUAGAGUAUGUUGAUUUUCUUCUGCUGUGACGGGUGUAUGUGUAGCUUUUUCUGUUGAGAGGUUCGGCAGGGCAGACCGUUUUUUGUACGGAAGAACCCACCAGGCAGUUUGACGAAAAAAUAAAAUAAGGGAAAAUGUCGUAAAGAUGCAUCAUCGGCAUUUGUAUAUGCAAGUUUAACAAACAUUCGGUUGUGAACUUGUUGAGACUGGUUGUCUGUGUUUGCUUUGUUGGGAUGCCGACGGUCUUGUCUCGAUCUAGUUUCGUUUAGGCGGAAUUAUAAUCGACAACGACGUUGACCUUAGUAGCACCACCUGCAAGCAAAGGACGACAAGGCUUGAUUGAUCUCAAGACGGCUGUUUUUUUCUGCUUUUUUGACGGGGACAGCAGUCGUCACUUCUUUUUUUCCGUCAUCAUAACCGGAGUUUAUUAUUCAUGAUCAUCACCGGUGUGUCACUUGUAUUGUCUGGUCACGGGCCGCUCUGGCUGUACUUACUGAUGGGGAGAUGAGAUGGAAGUCUUUGUUUGCUACGUAGUUCAUUCGUAGUAUUUCCUUUUUUCUUUUUGGUUGACGUUCCCUUCCCUACACCCAGCCAGAUGGAAUACAUCCAGACGUUGCUGCACGCGGACAUUGCAUGUGAAAAAUGAUGACACAUUUAUUUUCAAU